CAGAAAAUUUAGAAGUACGCAUGACCGUUCUUGUUCUCUCGCUAUCCGCUUCUGGAAAAAAACAGCCUCUUCUUUUCAUUGUUGUUGGAAGAUGGUGUUUGAAUUCAACUUCUGUUUUUAACUUUGAAAUAAUUGUUAUGGAAGAAACGGAAACAGCAAAAAUAUAGCUUAUAAAUCAAGAUUAAAUAUAUAAAGAAUAGAAGUUUAACAAUUCCUGUUUGUCAGCCAAUACGGUUAAGGUUAAAUAUAUGUAGUUACCGCUCUACUUUUCAACAAGAUCUCAUCAAACUCAAUUAUUGAGAAAAAAAUGCUAUUACGUUAUAUACUGCAAAAAAAGCAAGUAGUCCUCUGAAAAAUUUAAAAAAUUAUUCUGUCGAUUCUUGUAAAAUAUAUAUCAUGCACAAGCAGCAUAUCUAAUAGAUACCUUUGCCAAUAAUAGUUUUUUUAUGUUUUAACAAGAUAAAAAUCACGCAGAUCUAAUUUUUGUUGCAAAAGAUUUUCUAGUGCCUGUGAAAGAAAAGUGUGGAUCAUUCAAUCAAUCUGUGGAUCAUUCAAUAUAAAAUAUUUUCUAAUCUAUUCACUCAAGUUUGGAAUAUAUGCAAGCUUACGAAAGAAUUCUGCAAAAUGUGUAGUGAAGUCUUUUCUUCGCAAGAAUAUAUGAUGCCACAGAUCUUGACGGAUAUUAAAGAGAAACCAUUUGUUUGUGAUGUGUGCAAUAAAGGGUUCUCUCUACGAGGAAGUUUAAAGAUACAUUUAAGGACGCAUACGAAAGAUAAUCUGUAUGCUUGUAAUCUGUGCGAUAAAACAUAUUCUGUAUUAGGACGUUUAAAAGGCCAUUUACGGACGCAUACGAAAGAGAAACCGUAUGUUUGUGAGAUUUGCAGUGAAGCUUUUUCUCAAAAAGGAAAUUUAACGAGCCAUUUACGGACGCACACGAAAGAGAAACCAUACGUUUGUGAGAUAUGCCGUAAAACGUUUUCUCGACGAGGAAAUUUAAAGACACAUAUCCGGACGCAUACGAAAGAGAAACCGUAUGUUUGUGAGAUUUGCAGUGAAGCUUUUUCUCAAAAAGUAAAUCUGAAGAACCAUUUAUGGACGCAUAAGAAAGAGAAACCAUAUAUUUGUGAGAUAUGCAAUAAAGCGGUUUCUCAAAGAGGAGGUUUAAAGGUACAUUUAAGGACGCAUACGAAUGAGAAACCAUAUAUUUGUGAGAUAUGCAAUAAAGCGUUUACUCUAAGAGGAAGUUUAAAGGUACAUAUAAGGACACAUACGAAAGAGAAACCAUAUGUUUGUGAGAUAUGCAAUAAAGCGUUUUCUGAAAGACGAAGUUUAAAGAUACAUUUAAGUACGCAUACAAAAGAGAAACCAUAUGUUUGUGAGAUAUGUAGUAAAACGUUUCCUGGACGAAGACACUUAAAGAUACAUUUAAGAACGCACACGAAAGAGAAACCGUACGUUUGUGAGAUAUGCAGUAAAACUUUUUCUGAGCCAGGAAAUUUAAAGAAACAUUUAAGUACGCAUAUAAAAAAGAAACCGCACGUUUGAAAUGUAUGCAAUAAAACAUUUUCUAGUGGA